UACAGCUGCUGCCAUAUUAGUAAGUUGGUUAAUUAUUCCUGUUUAAAAUCUGCCUCUAAAAUGAAAACCAUAAUGGUUCUGCUUUAGUUUCUUCAUUUUCCUGUCUCCCUCCUUUACUUCAUCAACUGAUCUGAGGGCAUUAAAUUCCCCCAAACCAACAGGAAAGGUCUUUCUUUUACUUGUAAUGGAGUAUUUUUCCCUGUGGUGUUGCUACUUUCUCUGAAGGAUUUCAGUCUCUCUGUACACAGUGAAGCUUUCAUGGUUUUCGAGGCCAGGCGGCUACUAAACUAUGAUUAAUGGUAGAGGUGCUUCAGUAACCGGCAACAGUCUUAUCUCUCCGACACACACAGCUUGGCCGUCCUGCAACAUUAUCUACGCGGUGCAACCCUCGUGCCCACCUUGCACACUAACACACAUACACACUCAGAGAUUUGCUGCAAUGUGACCAAGACACACACACUACAGUCUAGUACACACACACAGAAACACACACAGGGUCCAAUUUGGAGGAAGAUAAGAGGAAGAGCAGAAUGGGAAGGCUGAGAGAGUCUGAGAAACAGGAAAUCAAUCAGGCAGAAAUGUACUGAACUAAAACAGAAAUCUAUCCUCAAACAAUAAAUAAUAGAGAACACACUCAGACAUCGGUCCCAAAAAACCACCCUCACUGGUUUCCAAACCUCAAAAAGCCCCUGACUUCACACACAGAAAAUGUGUGCCUGUCCCUUUAAGAAACAUGACACAGGAAGAAACCGAAAGCAAACUUCUUUCCUGGGAAACAGAAACACCCAGAAUCCCAGUCGUCAUUAUUGCUCCUUUACAGACGACAGCAACACACAAAUGGCCUCCAGCAACAGUCUCCUAUCUGAGGACCAGUUUCUUUGUCCCAUCUGCCUGGAUGUGUUCACUCGGCCAGUUUCCACUCCAUGUGGACACAACUUCUGCAUGUCCUGUAUCACGGCUUACUGGGAUGACUUACCAGUCAGCCAGUGUCCGGUCUGUAAGGAAACAUUUGAAAGGAGGCCGGACCUCAAGGUCAACACUUUCAUCUCAGAGCUUGCGUCGCAGUUCAUGUCGCUUCAAGUGACAGACGCUCACAUCUGGAGCCCGGGCCGACCGCAGGCUCGCUGUGGUGCAGCGGUGCUGUGUGAUAUUUGUACUGACACGCAGCAAGAGGCUGUCAAGUCCUGUCUGGAAUGUCUGACUUCUUACUGCGAAGUCCAUCUAGAGCCUCAUCACAGAGCUGCCGGCCUGAAGAGACACACACUGGUUGAACCGUUGGAAAGCCUGGAGAACAGGAUCUGCAAGGAGCACACCAGACUCCUGACGCUGUUCUGUAGGAAGGACGAGGCCUUAAUGUGCGACGUCUGCGCCGGUUUGGGCCACAGAAACCAUGACGUCGUUCCUGUGCAGCAAGCAUGUGACGAGAUGAAGGCUCUGCUGGGGGACGCUGAGGCCAAAUUGCAGCAGAUGAUCCAGGAGAGGCUGCAGAAGGUCCGAGCCACGAAGGAGUCGGUAGAAGAAAGCAAGACAGAAACCAAAGAUGUAAUAGCGAUGAGCGUGCAUGACUUGGUGGCGCUGGUCUCUGAGAUCCAGAAGAGCCAGACGGAGCUUGUGCAGGUGAUCGAGGAGAAGCAAAAAGCAGCAGAAGAACAAGCAGAGGGGUUUAUUAGCAGCAUGGAGCGGGAGAUCAAAGAGCUGCAGAGGACAAAGAUGAAGCUGAGGGAGCUGAGACAAACUGAAGACCAGCUUUGUUUCCUCCAGAGCUCCCCGAACCCAUCAAUCAUGCCGCAGACUAUGGACUUGUCUACUUUCAGUUUUAACAGACAAGUGGAGAUAAAGCACAUACGGAAAUCUUUGAGCAAAUCAGUCUCUCAGCUGCGAAUGCGGCUGAAUAAAAUGAACACAGAAGUACAAGGAUUAUGUGACGGCACAGCGGUGUCACAGGACGCUACGCUGAAAGACGUGCAGCAGUAUGAGGUGGACAUUGUUCUCGAUCCUGACACGGCUCACCCUCUGCUCAUCUUAUCUGACGACAGGAAACAGGUGAGAUUCAGCAUGGAUAGAGGUCUGUGGGGGGGAAACCAGAUCCUGAACCCCAACAGGUUUUCUGUAAAUCUCGCCGUUCUGGGACACGGAGGCUUCUUUUCAUGUAGGUUUUACUUUGAGGUGUUUGUUGGUGAAAAAACUGAGUGGUGUCUGGGUGUGGCAGCCGCGUCCAUGCAGAGGAGGGGGGUGCCUGUUCGAAGGCCUGGCUGUGGACUCUGGGCCAUCUGGUUCCUAAAGGAUAAAGUGGAAAUCUUCUGCUCUCCCAACGUGCCGGUAUACUUGGGGAAAAUGAAGCGGGUCGGCGUGUUUGUCGAUUAUGAUGGAGGACUUAUUUCCUUCUACGACGUACAGACUGCAACCCUCAUUUACUCGUUUACUGAGUGUGUCUUUACUGAAGAGCUGUAUCCGUACUUUAACCCUUGUGAUAAUGAAUAUGGUUCAAAUUUAGCCCCGAUGGUAAUUGUUCCCGUCAGCCGCUGAGUGAUUUGUGGGUUAAUUACUUAAAUGCAACUUGUGUUUAAUUACAAAAAAAGAGUUGUUGGUAAAGUUGCUUUAUUAUCGUCAUCAAAUAUGUAAAGCAUUUAUCUUCCUUUUUCUGAUUUCUGUUGCUGUUGUGUGUCAGUGUGCCUGAAAUUUAAACUGUAAUUUGAUAAAGGAAACCAAAAAUUUUACACAUAAUUACCAUCAUUAAUUAUUUAAAUUUGAAGCAAAAAUUAAAAUAUGAGGAAAAAACAGAAAAGAUUUAAUAUUAAACUAAUUAAUCAGGUGUAAGAGGUGGAAAUGCUUAAAAGGAGGAAUUGUUAAAGGAUAAAGUAACGUUUGCAGAUAAUGGCUAUUUGAUAAAUGAGGUGUUGUUGUUUGGGUUUGUUGCAGAAAAUAUGUUAUUUUGUUGAGGGUUUGGUUUCAGUUAUAAUAAUGUUGCUGAACACUUGCUACGAGAAGGAGUCAAGGUAUAGAGGAAGAAACAUCCAAAGCUUUGCUUCAUUUCACAAAGAAAGGUCACAAAUGUGCUACUUGUUAAGUUAAUGUAAGAAUAUUAUUUCAAGUAAGAAUGGAAACAUCUUUCUAUACAACAUGGGGUUAAAAUUCCAGGCAGUCUCUACUUCAUAUUCAAGGUUAAAUAUCUUGUUAUAAUAACAUUAGCACCUUUUUUUACUCCAAGUGUCAGAAAUACUAUAACAGCUGCCUUGAUGAGGAAAACCUGCAGAGGAGUAUGUUUUUUUUUUUCUACACAGAAAAUUGAAAGGGAAUCAAUAAGAGUCAGACCGUUAAGCAGAAUCGAUAAUGACAUCAAUAAAAUCUUAUUAGUUCUCAUGGCUUCUCUGAAUAUUAUCACAGAACAGGUGCUAUGAAUUUAUAAUUAAGCAAAUAUGUAUCAGCCUGUUUUUUGGUGAUAUAUUCCAAAGACAUCCAACAUAUUCAUGUCAGUUAAAACAUGUAAGUUGCAUGUUUAUUUAGUUGUUUUAUGAUAACACAAAAUGUAUAAGCUGUCACUGUAUUUAGAAAUAAUUUAAAGCUGUAUAUGAUCUGUAAUGCCCAUAAAACUUUGAUAGCCAGCUUGAUGAAAUUUUAAUAAAGUCAAAAAGCAUUACAUAACAAAACCAGGCAGCAUUUUCACUUUCUCAUUUCCAUCAUCAGGGAAAGGACGACAUCUUAAAAAGAGAACAGAUAUAUCUGGUGACAGAAUUAUUAUAUAUAUCGGCCAAUCAAAGGUUUCAAAAAUGGUAACUGAACAGUGAUGAUGAUGAUGAUGAUGAUGAUGAUGAUGAUGAUGAUGAUGUUUAUUAAGCUAUUUAUUUUAUUCCUUUUCCCCAGUUAUCAUUAAUAUAAUAAGCUGACAAUGUACUCUGGAUUGAAUUUGCAUCAAAAAUAUUCAUAGCCAGUUGUAGCUAUGUAAACUGUAUAUUUCUAGGGCUUUUAUUGUGAAAGGUAAGAAGGCAAAGAGUGGAUCUGGUGUGCGCCGUCUUUAUCAAGGUUUAUUUUCUCAGUGAUCAUUUAUAGAAUAGGCUGACAAUCUCUGAAUUGAAUUUGCAUCAAAAAUAUUCAUAGUGACAGUUGUAACUAUGUAAAAAUUUGUAGGGCUUUUAUUGUGAAAGGUAAGAAGGCAAAGAUCGGAUCUGGUGUGCACUGUCUUUAUCAAGGUUUAUUUUCUCAGUUAUCAUUUAUAGAAUUGGCUGACAAUGCAAUACAUUAUUUGUAUGAUCUAUAAUAAUGUAUAAAAAUGUUAAAUAUGCUUUAGUAAAGUUUUAUGUUUGAGGAGCUCUCUAGGCACAUUUGUAGAUGGGUGAAAAAACGGUGCACAACCCUCAUAAAAAAAGGUCUUUUUUCAUUCCAGCUCAAAAAAUUACUGAUUUUCGAUUAAUUUCCCCCCCUCUUUAAUCAGUAUUGGCAUCAGUCUCAAAA